AUCCUCUUUGCAUGCAUGAUUAUUCACUCCACUGCACUAACAUUCAAGCUAUCCAACAUGUCCCAAUCUCUCAAAUACUUCUAAUUCAUGUGUGUGUGUGUGUGUGUGUGUGUGUGUGUGUGUGUGUGUGUGUGUGUGUGUGUGUGUGUGUGCGUGCAUGUGACCGUGUGCUUCUAUUACUGGUUUGUGCUGAUGAUGGAAUUGCCAUCAAACAUGAAUGUCACUCAGCCAAAUUGCUUUGAACUCUUUGGCUACGAUGUAUUGGUUGAUGAAGAUUUGCGGCCAUGGCUCCUGGAGGCGAACUCUUCUCCAUCACUAUCACUUGCCACACCCCUUGAUGAAAAGAUCAAGAAGAAUCUGAUCAGGGAUACAAUCCAAUUGGUGGACCCAGUGCAUUUUGAUCGCGCAGCCCUGGCUGAUGUGCUGAUUGGAAGGACCACCCAUGCAGUUAGGUCAUCACGUUCAUCAGCACCAUUCUUUGCGAGGAUGACUGACAACAGGGAUUCUCUAUACAUGGACCUGUACCGAAUUCUUCAAGGACAACGGCCCCGUGUUUACGGUGAAAUGCCAAAGAACCUUGGCCAAUACCAUCGACUCGCACCAUCCAAGAACUACUACAAGUUAAUCAGGUUGCGGAACCCUGGCAGUGUGAAACAGAAUUCAAAGCAGAGUGCCUCAAUGCGAUGAUACCAUCUCAUGUGCAGUCAUCUGAAGCUGCGGACAAAACCCUUCUCCGCCAGGCAUACAAUCAUUUGCCUCGGCUCAAACUUCAUCUCCUGUGUGUACAGAGUUGAUUGACGAGUUACAAACAGUGCAUGUUUCAUCUGUUUGCAUCUGUCGGUGGCGAAGAAAAGUGUUUGAAACUCCCACUCACCAACAAAGCAGUUAACGGGUC